GUGCACAGCCACGCGCACACGCCACAACCCAGACCAUUUCACCGCCUGCUCCCGCUGUUCGCUUCCCCCGGCCGCUCUCCCUUUUCUCUCUCUCCAGUCUCCACCCGUGAGCGCAGCCGCCGCCGGCGGAGGCGGCCGGAUCGCGGCGCGCAAUGCCGCCGCCUCGCGCCUGCGUCCUCUUCUCCCUGCUGCUGCUGCUUCUGCCCGGCGUCGCCAUCUGCUCCACCGCCCAAACAACCGCCCCGCUCCCGCCGACUACGCCGCCGCCGCCACCGGCGGCACCGCGCCCUCCCCACCGCCACCGCCACGUCGCGCCUCCUCGCUCCCCACUCACGCCGCCGCCCAGCAGCUUCGCCCCUCCACCUCCGCCUCCACCGCGCCACAAACACACGCCGGCGCCGCCCCCCACCCCCACCCCGAUACCGACGCCCGCUCCGCCGGUCGCCACCUCGCCGACGCCCAAGUACCCGUCCUCCUCCGCGAACCCCUCCACCGACCCCUAUCCCUUCACCAACUACCCCUUCUUCCCCGCCGUCCCCGCGCCGCCGCCUCCCGCCGCCGAGACCCAGCCGUCCUCCUCCGGCGACGGCGGCCUCCCGACGUUCCCGGCCAACAUCUCCAACCUCGUCGCCCCGACCCCGCGUGCAUCCGGCUCCCGCCGCUUCCCCGUGCUCCAGGCGCUGCUCCUCUCUUUGCUCUCGCUCUGCCUCCUCCUCCUCUCCGCGCUCCUCUCCAUCCACCUCCUCCGCCGCCUCCGCCACCGCGGCCGCCCCGGGGCUGCGGCCUCCUCCGCCGCCUCGGCGCACCGCAGCAACGCCGGCGACGACGAUGACGGGGACGAGGAGGGUCGCCGCCUCAAGCCACCGCCAAUGCCUACCUCCUCUUCCAACCCCAGCACCGAGUUCCUCUACCUCGGCACCCUCGCCACCCCGCCGCCGGCACAGCAGGCCCCGGGGACGAGUUCCAGUCUCCGCCCUGGUUCGCCGGAGCUCCGCCCCCUGCCGCCGCUCCCGCGGGUCGGCCCGCCCUCCGGCGAGUUUGCCUCCCGCAGCUCCGCCUCCGACCCCAGCACCGUGCCUCCCGCCGCCGCCGCCGACGCGUCGUCAUCGUCGCUCUCUCCCUCGUCGCCGUCUGCUUCCUCACCCACGCUCGGCUCCAGCCCCGUCCAUCUCCGCCCGCCGUCCAUCCCUCAGCCGCGUGGCCGAGCCCCGAAUCCGUCGCCCCCUAAGCGGAGGCCGUCGCCGCCCAAGGGUGCUGCGGAGCCCGUGGCGGCGCACGCGUGGAACCCCUUCGUGCCCGUGCCGCCUCGAGCAGCAGUUGCUUCCUCUGAUGAUGGCGACUCCGAUGACAAGGACGUGCGCAAGUCGCGGCCUUUGCACUCGGACAAGCUGAAGCCCAGCUCUUUGCACAUGAAGGACGAAGUGAUCCAGCUAUACCUCAACAACUCGUCGGCGGUUGCGGCGCCGAGGGAGGUGUGUUUGCUCGGUGCUCCCAGGUGCCAUGGUAUUGGGAUGGUUGUGGGGGCAUUGGGAGUUUCCAAGGAGCAACUGAGGGACGCCCUCUUGGAAGGCAAUGCACAUGGUUUGGGAGUAGAAACACUGCGGAUGCUCACUCAGAUGGUCCUCAGCAAUGAAGAAGAGCUUAAGCUGAAAUAUUUCAAGGAUGAUUCGCUAACCAAACUUUGCCCAAUUGAAGCUUUUGUGAAGGCAAUGCUGGAUGUGCCGUUUGCGUUCAAAAGAGUGGAUGCCAUGCUCUACAUUGCCAGUUUCUAUUUGGAGGUCAAUCAGCUGAGGCUGUCAUAUGCUACUCUUGAGGGAGCUUGCCAGGAGAUGAGAAGCAGCAGGUUAUUCCACAAAGUCGUUGAGGCUGUUAUGAAUUUCGGCAACUUCAUGAGCAUCAAUGCAGGGUCUCCAAGUUCACAUGGCUUGGAGCCAAACACUGUUCUGAAGAUUGUCGAUGUGAAGGGUGCUGAUGGGAAGGCUGCACUUGUGCAGUUUGUUGUCCAGGAAAUUUUGAAACCUGAAGGAUACAAUGUGUUGCAGCAUGGGUCAGCCACAUCAAAGAUGAACACAAGCACCAUGCAGGGCGAUGCUGAAAGCAGGAAGCAUGGUCUUGAGGUUGUCUCCAAACUUGCAGCUGAGCUGAGCAACACGAAGAAAGCUGCGUCCAUCGACAUAGUGAUGCUCAGCAGAAGCGUGUCGGAUCUUGGCAUGGGGCUCGGGAAGGUCCAUGAUGUGCUGAGGCUGAACAGCAUGGUCACAUCAGCCGAGAGCGCUCGGCGUUUCCACAACAACAUGAGCACGUUCCUGAGGCAAGCCGAGGAGGAGAUCCUAAAGCUCCAGUCCCAGGAGAGCAUCUGCCUGUCUUUGGUGAAGGAGAUGGCGGAGUACUUCCAUGGCGAAUCAGCCACCGAUGAAGCUCACAUGUUCAGAACUUUCGCCGGAGUGAGGGAGUUCCUAGCUAUGCUAGACCGGAUCUGCAAGGAGGCUGGUGAGAUCAGUGGCAACAGUUGGGUCAGCGCGACAACGGCAAGCUGGACGGCUGCGCCCAUGGGGAUGACACCUUAAGCCGCGGGAGCUGUCUUGGGGCAAAAUCUUAGCCGCCCUCUUUUUGUAGAAUAUAUCAAUCUAUUUGAACAAUUAUCGUUCCUAGUGCUAGCAGUAGAUGAGAACAAUGAUAUGCUAUGUUAAGCGACGUCGCCCUAUAUAUAAAAAAUGUAUCUCGAACAUGAUGGCUUGUAUAAAGUUUACUGGUAAUGUUAUCGUUUUAUGUCGUC